AUGGAAGAGUUAAUUGAUGAGGUUGAAUUAACUUCUCUCUUUAAUAAGUUAUCUGAUGGAUCUAAAAAUAUAAACUCUGAAAAUGCAAUAGAAAUAAUUUAUAAAUUGGGUUAUGUGCCAUCAAAAGAGGAUAUAGAAGAAUUUGUUAAUGUUACAAAUGGUAGUUGUACUUUGUCAAACAUAAAGAAGUUUUGUAUUAAGCUAAAGUCAUCGAGAUAUUCCACUGAAAGCUUAAUAGAUUUAUUUUAUUUUUAUGAUACUCAGAAAACAGGAAAAAUUUCAAAAAAUAAAUUUAAAAUAUUAUUUACAACUAUUGGUUCAAAGUUAUCAAAUAAAGAAAUAGAUAUAAUAACUCGCGAACUGUGCAAUGAUGGGGAAUUAAUAGAUUACAAGGAAUUUUUAAACAAGUAA